AUGUCUUACCAGAAAAAGCAGCCCACCCCCAUCCCCCCAGUGAUUUGCGGGAAGACCUCCAGCGGCGAAGGCUCUGGCGGAGGCUCUAGCGGCGGCGGCGGCUGCAUCACCUACACUGGCGGCGGCGGCGGCGGCACCGGCGGCGGCGGCUCCGGCUGCGUCAGCUACACCGGGGGCAGCGGCAGCUACACCGGCGGCGGCGGCGGCGGCGGCGGCUCCGGCUGCGUCAGCUACACCGGGGGCAGCGGCAGCUACACCGGCGGCGGCGGCUCCGGCUGCGUCAGCUACACCGGGGGCAGCGGCAGCUACACCGGCGGCGGCGGCGGCGGCGGCUCCGGCUGCGUCAGCUACACAGGCGGCGGCGGCGGCGGCGGCGGCGGCUCCGGCGGCUCCGGCUGCGUCAGCUACACCGGUGGUGGCGGCGGCGGCUCCGGCGGCUACUCCGGCGGCGGCGGCUCCGGCUACUUCUCGCAGCAGAGCAAGCAGACCGUGUACGUGCCCCAGCAGGGGUCCGGCGGCGGCGGCGGCGGCGGCUGCUUCCCCAGCGGUGGGGGCGGCGGAGGGUCCGCCGGGGGCGGCGGCGGCUGCUUCCCCAGCGGUGGGGGCGGCGGCGGCGGCGGCGACUGCUUCCCCAGCGGCGGCGGCGGCGGCGGCGGCGGCGGCUCCUCCGGGGUCUCCGGAGGCUGCUUCCCCAGCGGCGGGGGCGGCGGCGGCUCCUCCGGCGGCGUUUCCGGGGGUGGCAAGGUCUGCCAACAGACCCAGCAGAAACAGGCGCCUACUUGGCCAAGCAAAUAAGGCCUCCGGGAAGCUGCGGAGGAGGAGCUGGAGGUGUUCUCCGUGGGCGCUGGUGGGCUUAACGCGCUCCUGACAGCGCCCUGAGGUGUCCAAGCCAUUCGGUUCUUAACCCACCCAGAAGCCAUGAGCUCUCGGGCUGCAUCUUGUUCUGCAGUUUUUGUCCUUGGUUUCUGUGUGACCACCACCCAACCCCAGGACCUCUUCAGCCAAUAAAAUUUGCAGCUCAUGAGGA